AUGUUAUCUGAUCAGAUACGUCUGCUAUGUGCCAAUAACCGUUCAACUCACAAUGAAAGGCGAUGGCACGAUGGUGUCUCGUCGUUAUCAUCACCUGUCAUUAUCAUCAAUGUUAUCACUACCGCUGAACGGAAUAGACGAAAACAUUUGUUACAACGAGAAAAGAAAUAUAUUCAAGCAACAGUUGUUUUUAUGUUUAAGUGCUAG